AAAUCCGUGCGGUAGCAGAGGACAACAUUGCUCGUUGCAGUUGACGAGGCGCUCCUGCUGCAAAAAGCCCAGUGUCGUGUGAAGACGAGUCUGUUUCGUUGGCGAGUGGUUCAUUCUGGGAUUGUCAUCGUUGUCUUCUCCGCGAGGAAUUUGCCAAGACGACCACAGUGUUACGGCAGUGACUCGCUUGGGAUGUGUGCACUGUGCCACGUGCGUUUCUGCAGCCACCGAUGCCAGGAUGAGGGAUAGCAACGUCUGAUUCCGUGUCUGCUGUUGUUGUCGACGGCUUGUUAUGUUUCCGUACGAGGGUGGGGGUCAGGGUUUCGAACCCGGCGCGCAGCUGCAUCAGCUGGCGCCGGCGGUGUUCCAGCAACACAAUGGAUUGGAGCACCACUUUCAGUUGAACCUCCACGCGCCCUAUCAGCCCUAUGGGUCUGAAGGGUUUGAUCAGGACUCUCCCAGGUACUCCUCUCCCAAGCCGCCAGCCCUUUAUGGGGAACCAUCGUACUUCAUUGACGGGGGUCACGGAACAGGGGAUCCUUGGUCUUCCAACCAAAAUCUGCAACCAUCAUCUUACUCCUAUACAUCAUCCCUCCUGGGUAACCAGGGUUCACACCUGCCCUCCACCUCUUCUGCCUUCUCGUCCAUGCACCUGCCUCCUGAGUCGAUGGCCUACGGAGGCGUCUCACCCGGGCAGGAACCUUCGUCACUGAUGCCAACCAGUCUUCCCCCAAUGUCAAGCUUCCGGGGCGCUUCGGGAGGAGCCCCUGGCCCCACGCCCCAGGCAGGCGCAUCCCCUCUAUACUCUGCACAGAACAAUGCCACUGCGGGGUCUUCCCCUGUCGGAGGUGCAGACCCUUUAUCUAGGACGUCCGCACCUGCCCCUCCCUCCUCAGCACAUGGAGCUUCCAGUGCACCUUCUCAGACAGGGGACACGCUGGGCAAGGCACUCGCAUCGCAGAUAUACCCUUCCGAUCAUCCUGGGAGCAGCUUUUCAUCAACGUCUUCCACACCUGUUAGCUCUCCUCCUCCGCUAUCAGGGGUAUCACAGUGGCAAAGAAACAGUACACAGUCAAACCAGCCUCCCUCGAGCUUCCAGGAAACGAGCAUACAUCAGUUGCAAACACGAGGUGUUAUGGAAGAACGGCUGGAUGAUGCCAUCACCAUUCUACGAACCCAUGCUGAAGGUGCUUCUCUUCAGCCUGCCCUGGGGCUGGCCCCCGGGUCAGCCCCACCACCGCACUCAAACGGCCUCCUGCCUCACCCUUUCUCCCCUGGCAUGCCAUCCAUGGAUGCUCAUGUGGCAAGUCCACCUACCUUGUCAGAUGGUUCUAUGAGGAGUAGAACGUCACUAAAUACACCAAAUAGCCAGAAUCCAGCACAUUAUGUGGACACAAGCCCGGGGGUGAAAGUGGAGAAGGCAAAAGAACCGGACAAGAUGGAUCACAGCAAACUAAGCCCUCCAACGUCUCCAGACCCUCUUGGACCGGGCCUUGGCGUGCCAAGUGCAACGUCUUCGUCUGGAGGAAAAGCUGCCAAGCGAUCACGGUCAAAACACUCACCGGCUCCUUUUCCUGACAGAAAUCGCUGGCAAGUUGCUUCUGGAAACAAUAGCAACAGUGGACAAGGAGAUGCCUUCGCUGGCUCAGGUGAUGAAGACGAACCACCUGAGAUCAAAGCAGAAAGAGAGAAGGAAAGGCGGCAAGCAAAUAAUGCACGAGAAAGGAUUCGUGUGAGGGACAUCAAUGAAGCCUUCAAGGAACUAGGAAGGAUGUGUAUGAUGCACCUAAAGACAGAUAAGGCCCAGACCAAGCUAAACAUCCUCCACCAGGCUGUCGAAGUAAUCACCAGUUUAGAACAGCAAGUCAGAGAGCGGAACCUGAAUCCAAAGACUGCUUGUUUAAAACGACGUGAAGAAGAGAAGAGUGAAGAGGGGCCCAAGCUUGGGGCUCAUGCACUCCCUCACCAGGCAGCCGGCCUGGAUGCUUUGGCUCAUCAAAGGUUGGCCUCUCUGCCUUGGAGUGAAUUUACGCAGCCUAUUGAUGGAGAAACCAGCAACUCGGAGAUGGUUUCCUGAUGUCCUUCUGCCAAUGCCGGAAUGACUCGUUUUCUCCUUCUACUGAGGAACUCUCUUCCAGUCUCUGAGUAGAAAGCAGCGAAAAAAAAAGAAAAGGAAAACUACAAAAAGAGGAACUGGACUCCCAUGUUCUAAAAACAUCAACUUCCUUCCUGAAGCAUCUUCUAGACGGAAAGAAAAAAUCAUCACUUCAUUACGCGUGCCAACUUCCUGCACGCGAACCCAUGUGCAUUGUUUGGCGUGCACAUUCAUUCAUACAUAGAGUUCAUUCAUCGCAUGGAGUCGUGCUACAGUCGCCGUCACACCAAAGCUGAAGGCGCUCAGUUGUAAUGUAUUUAAAAUGGAGCAUCUCGUAUGUGCGUGCAACAUCAGUUUGACUUUUUUUUUUUUUCCUCCCUCCCAUUAUAAGACCUGCACCUGAUGUUGCAUUUCAUUCUCACUUGGAGCAGCAUUUGACUUCCCUAAGGGAACUGUGGAGCUAUGUUCAUCUCUGCUGUUCUUUUUUAUUAUUUUUUUCCCCCUCUGUCUCUCUCUCUCUCUUGUUUUAUAUGCUGCUGAAGCUUUUACUGUUUUAAUCAUUGUCCGUUGCUUCUGGGCAAAAUGUGCGCGAGUGUCUCGUGUGAGUGGAUGUGUGAUUGAAUGAGUGAGAUUAUAUAUAUAUACGCUAAAUAUAUAAAUAUAUAUAUAUAUAUAUACAACACACGGACAGCUUCUGAACAGACAAACUGUAUAGAAUCAUCCCUGUUCUCUUCUUCAUUGUCACUUUAAAUAUAGUCUACUGUAAAUUUUUCGAGGCAGGAGGGAAGCUCUUUGGGUGUUGGAUAAUGUUAAUUCAGCACUUCAGUUCGGACGAUGCGCACGCAAGAUACAUUUCUCACAAACUGUAGCUGAGGUAUUCUGCCGCUUCUCUCACAUGUUCAACAAGCACAGAGGGAACGUAAAAUGUUUUUUUUUGUUUUCUUCAAUUUUCUACAAAUGUCUUUGCUGUGUUCAUUCCUCUUUUUCAAUGUUAAUCGAGACACUACCAAUCUUCAUUUAAACACGUUGGUAGACCAAAACUUUACAGGGAAUUUAUGGCUGGAUAGUAAUUUGUGACUUUUGCAUCUGAUCCUAGCAAAUGCCUGUAUAUUUGCUUUCGUCUAUUGCAUAAACAAACACAAAUUGUGCAGCAUGUUGCAAAUUCUGUUUUUGCUUGUACUUAAGAAGUGUAGUGACAGGGAAUGAAUGACAAAAAAGUUCAUUAUGAAGGUUUUCUGCAAAGCAGGAAGUCUUGCGAAUAAUGUGUUUUGUGCUUCUUUUUGUAUUUUAAAGGAAAAAGGGUUAAGUUGAUUUGCUUAUACCCACGGUAUUGCAGAAGUAUCGCAUUCUCAUUUUCUCAUGCAGUCUUCCUCGAGGCAAGAGUGUGCUUUAUUUGAGCAACUCAAAGCAUUGUGUUGGUGUCACGCAAAAAACUGUGCAUCACCAUGCUUCUGGAUGCAAUUGUGCUUCACACGGCGAUGUUUUUUGUUUAACCUGGCCUUGUGGCACCUUUUUUAUCAUUUUGCUCUGUAUUGUGGAUUCCUAUUUAAGUUGAGUGGGACAUCAAAUUCUGAUUGUGUGAAGGACCUUUCUCUCCAUGUGUGUGGUCUGCUUUUCUUUUGUUGUUUUGCUGUGAAUUAUUGUUACAACAGUAUUUUUAUACUGUCUCCAUAUUGGUUAGACAAGUGAGCAACAUGUAUGCACUUAUGUUUUAUCCUUGUGUUCACUUAUGUGAAGAACCAUCGGUACUUGCUUUGCAUCUGAGCUUGCAGAGGUUUGACGUUUGUUUCAGGACAGGCCCACUGCACAUACACUAUCAGUUGUCCUCUGCUGACAUUUUUGUCCAGUCAUACAGAGUAAAGAGGAAGUGCCAUUUUUCAUAAAAAAAAAAGCUGCCA